CGGGGAAGCAAGGUACGACGUAAAACCUCUCAAACUCAAAACCCUCUUCGUCGGACCAGGAGACGGAGGAGGAGCUCGGGAGCCGGCGGCUCGCGGCGGCCCAGAUGUCCUCUUCCUCCUCCAUUAAACUGAGCGCGCUCUUCCGGUCGGCCGUCAAGUCCGCCAACAAAGUCGCCGCCUCCGCCAAGGACGCGUCCCUCAGGAACGUCCUCUCCUCCAUCGACUCCUCCUCCGCGUCGUCGUCUUCCCCGUCCACCUCCUCCACCAUCACCGACACUCUCCGCAGGCUCUCCGACGGCCCCGCCGUGCGGCAUUCGCGCCCCGACAAGUCUCCCCGAAGCCAGCGGGGAGCAAGCCCGUGGCGAACGCGGCCGAGCCACUCGAAGCUCUGCUGGGGAAGCAGCUGUCAAAUGAGAUGUCAAAUGAGAUAUCACACGUCCUGCGCAGUGAUUCUUCCAUCGGUUCACCUGAUUCAGAAGAUUGUAACCUGAAGUCUCUAGAGGAAGUAUUGAGUAAACCAUUGUUUGCGGAUAUGUCCCAGGCAAAGGCGUUAUUGCAUAAAGAAGCUUUACGUGAAAGAAAGCAAAGAUGGAUCUUCAAAAAUACUCUAGUUCGGCGAUAUGACCGUUUGGUCAAGAUGUGUGCACAGGUGCUAGGUACCGAAGCUACGUUGCAGGUAUUUGGUAAAUUGGGACAUGAAACCGGAGUAAAAGAAUACAAUGCAUUGAUGGCUAUUUGCAUAGAGAAGGCCAGGGGAAGUGAUGAUGAGGAGGUUGCCUUGGAAGAGAUUCACAAGGCUUUUACGCUAUUCGAAUCAAUGAGGGAGCAAGGGUUCCGGAUAGAGGAGGAUACUUAUGGUCCAUUUCUGAUGUACUUGAUUGACGUGGAGAUGGUAGAAGAGUUCCAUUUCUUUGGCAGACUCAUCAAAGAUGAUAAUCCUAGCUCUAUAUCAAGGCUCGGUUAUUAUGAGAUGCUGCUUUAUGUGAGAACGAAUCAAGAAGAAAAGAUUCGAGAACUCAUUAACCAUGUAGCAUGUCAUGAUGGAGAAGACAAAUAUGACUUAGCAGGAAACUACUUGUUGGCUUUAUGCGAAAGUGAUCGAGAGGAGCUCUUGCAUUUUUUACAAGUCAUAGACAUCCAGAAUAUAUCAUCCUUGGAUUGUCUAACAAGCAUCUUUACCUCUUUGGGAAAGUUAAAGCUGGAUGUCCUUGCAGAACAAUUCCUUCUGUUGCUUAAAGACCAUCAUGAUAGAGCGGAGCAUGUGACGAAGUUCAUUUUUGAUUAUGUUGCUUAUAUGCCAAAUUUAGUGGUGAGGAUUCUCAUGAAUGCUGCUGAUAUUAAAACAAAAGAUGGAUGUCAGAAAGACAGUGACAUGGUUGAGGAUGUCACUAAGUUCCGUAGUCUUCAUGAGAAGCUGAAGGUGAAACCUUCUUCCACUUCAUAUGGAAGUCUCAUCAACUACUGUUGCGCUUCACUCGAGGUGAAGACUGCUCUGGAUAUAGUGGAAGAAAUGUGUGAAGCUGGUUUCUCCUUGUCCAUAGAGGUAGUAAAUGCUAUUUUACGAGCUAGUGACGAGAGCCAUGACUUCAAUUUGGUGCACCAAAUCUACUCAAUGAUGCAUCGCCACAAUCUCAUUCCAAAUACUGAUAUUUUCAGAAGCAUGAUAAAUUUGUCUGUGAGAAUGAGAGAUUUUGAUUCUGCUUAUAACAUGCUUGAAGAUGCACAGAGAAUGAAUUUGGCACCUACAUCUAGUAUGUAUAAUGCUAUAAUGGUAGGAUACUAUCGUGAGAAAGACCCUCACCUUGCAUUGAUGGUUCUAAAGCAAAUGGAAAAGGCAAAUGUGAGACCAGAUUGUCAGACUUAUAGCUAUCUAAUAUGCAAUUGCAAUACUGAAGAGGAUAUAAAUAAGUACUAUAAGGAAUUCAAGCGCAGUGGGUUGCCAGUUACAAAGCAUAUUUGCAUGGCCCUUAUUAGUGCAUAUGCAGCUUGCAGGCAGUUUGAGAAGGCAAAAAAGGUACUUGAAGAGGAGGGAGUACUUGUGAAAGGUUCAAACGAAAUUAAGAGCGUGCUUGUCUCGGCUCUUGCUUCAAAUGGGCAAAUCUGUGAUGCUCUUGAAAUGUAUGAGGAAUUCAAGCAGGAUGGCUGCAAUCUGGAGCCUAAAGCUGUUAUCAGUCUGAUUGAGCACCUUCAAUCAGAUGGACAGCUGAGUAGAUUGCUUAAGCUGCUUGAGGAGUUAACUGAUCGGGACUUCUGGCUUGAUGGAUGUUACAGAGUCCUCUUGUACUCUGUUCGAUUCAAUCAUUUAAGUGCUGCUGUUGAUUUGCUGAAGCAACUCAAAGAUCGUAUCAGCAAUGACGAAAUGGCCAUGGAAGCAGUUUUUGAUGAGGUGUUCUUUAGCAUUGCGGAAGAGACAACACUUCUGCAGAUGGGCUUCGACUUGCUUCAAGUGAUCAAGAAUGAUCUUGGCCUUGCCCCUUCACGGAAGGUUCUCGAUGUUCUUCUUAGCGCUUGUGUCAGUACUAAAGACAUGGAUAAGUCUAUCUUGAUUUGGAAGGAAUAUCAAGCAGCUGAUCUCCCUUACAAUAUUCUGAGUUUCUUGAGGAUGUAUCAAGCCCUUCUGGCUUCAGGAGACCUCGAGUCUGCAAGGAUUGUGCUGAGCAAAAUGCCCAAGGACGAUCCCCACGUGCGCCUCAUCAUCCAAGAAUCCCAAAUGGUGUAUGCCAAGAUGGCAUCUGAGAAAAAGACGGAGAAAAACCGGAUAACAAAGGGAAGAAAGCAUAAAAAGUCGAAGGCGAAAAAGUAAGUGCGAGGACUAACUGCAUUCCUGUUCUCGAGUACUUUGUAGUUCCUAGGUCAAUAGCCUCUUGUACAUGUUUGGCUUGAUGUUGUUUUUAGCGUAGCAUCAUCCUCCGACGCUCUGGUGACAAAUUUUCACGGGAUUCCCUCGUUCAUCUAACCUAAUGGUUACUAAUAUAUCAAAAUGCUGGGAAUAGUAGCAUGAGAAAUCUUUGAACUUCUUCCA